CCCACUUGUAUUAAUUAACCUGUUUGAUUACAAGGAAACUUCCCGAUCGGUACGUCGGAACUGUGCUUUUAAUACAAGAAACGAGAGUAAUAAUGCUAUUCUAGGGCUUGAGUAUCAAAAUGCUAACCCUUACAAUGAUAUUAAACCUUCUAUUUAUACUAAUGGAGAGCAUGGGCUGCUCUAUGCUGAUUGGCUGUUGUUUCACCGACUUGAUCACCCAUACUUCCACUUGCUGAUGUCACAAUCUGGCAUUAAUUGCACCUGGCCACUUGCUGGUUGCCCGUUGCUCGAACGGGAUGCUGGACCAUGCGGAAGACGCUGGCAAAUUGGCCCAAGUAUGAUAUAUGAUCCGAUCUCUGUUUGAUAUUUCUGUUUUCUGGGUCGGCCUCUACUUGGACCGAACCUCGUUCGGUAUGGAUUCUUCAUUGGGCCUACUCAUCAUAGGGUAGUGGACUCGUUGUUUGGGCUGGAUACCCUGGGCUAUUUUAAUCCGGGUAUUGGGCAUCCGGGUCAAUAUCCCAACAAAUAUAAUUAUUAACAUUAGAUGAACACUAGCAGUCUGGCAUAUUUCCUUGAAAGAGUUUUAAGGAGAUAUGUUUUACCUCAUCAUCACAUCCCCGUUAACAUUGGUGAUCAAUGUCUUUGAUCAAAAAUCACAUUCCUCUUUGGGUUGAUGAACCUGCCAUAGAUCAAGUAGUAGUAGUAAUUGGUUGUGAAAUGC